AUGGCUGCAAUCUAUUUUGUGUUGCUUCUGAUUACUACCAAGUUCUCAAUAUCAACAGCUCAACAAAAGAUCAAUAACACACUAAUCAGCUUACGCUCUUCUCUCUCUUCCAAUACCAGUAACUCACAUUGGUUAUCUAGCUCUGGCCACUUUGCAUUUGGCUUCUACCAAACACAAGACAAUGGUUUUGCAGUUGGAAUCUGGUAUGAGAAACUAAACCAGAAGACAGUCGUAUGGACAGCAAAUCCAGAUGACCCCCCAUUGUCCCAAGAUGCUACACUGUUUUUCAAUAAAGAUGGGAACAUUGUCUUGCGAGAUAAGCAAGGUCUACAAAAAGCCACCAUUACCAAUUCCUCUCAGCCUGCAGCCUCAGCUUCCAUGCUCGAUUCGGGCAACUUCGUCCUCUACAACUUGAACUCGAUGAUCACAUGGCAGAGUUUCGAUCAUCAAACAGAUACCCUUUUGCCAGGACAGCAUCUGCUUCCAGGAAAUCAACUUGUUUCAGCCAACAAAAGGUUCCGGCUUGCUAUGCAGGGAGAUGGGAAUUUGGUCCAAUACCCUGCAAUAAGUCCAAACAAAGCCUUUUUUUCUUACUGGGCAAGGAACAUCAACAUUAGGACAGGUAACAAUGUGAGUCUAAAUCUUGAUCUUGAUGGCCAUCUUUACCUUCUUAAUGCCACUGGUCUCAAUACAAAGCCGAUUUUUCGUACUGGGAAAAGUCUCAGUGAGAAAGUUCUGUAUCGGUUAACACUAGAUGUAGAUGGAAUAUUACGAUUGUAUUCUCAUAGUUCAGUAAAUAUAAACAGCAGUUGGGUGGUCGAGUGGGCUUCAGUUGCAAACAAGUGUGCCCCAGUUGGACUAUGCGGCUUGAAUUCAUAUUGUCUUACAGAUCAUGAUGAAGAACCGGAUUACGCAUGCCUACCAGGCUUUGAUUUUGUCGAUGAGCACAGGAGAAACUUAGGCUGCCAGAGAAAUACAAGCAUAGAUUGCAUUGCUCAAAACCAAAGUGAUCAUAAUCUUGAGGGAGACUCUCAUCUUUCUUCUGUCGAACUUGAUGGAAUUGCGUGGAACAACGAAGACUUGUAUUCUAUCGUUUCGGUGAUGAACAAGUCAGCUUGCAUAGAUGAAUGCUUGAAAGACCGUAAUUGCCAAGCUGCUAUGUUCCGGAACAACAUGAGGUGUCGUAAACUAACCACUCCAUUGAGAUAUUCGAGAAUUGGGAGAAAAGGCUUCGUUACAACCAUUAUAAAAGUCUGUACAACAAGUUUGAGCGGCAAAGAAAAAACCAGUGAUCAUCAUCAACAAGUAGUUCAAAGUGGAAUCUUCAUCACCAGCAUGGUCGUUUCGAGUUUGGGAAUCAUUGGCUUAGUGAUUUCGGGUGCUCUUAUCUACAGAUUCCGUGCUUUGUAUUACAAAAGAAUUGUGAAUCUGGAUCAUGACAAGUUUCUUGAAGAUAUGUCUGUAAGACCAUACACGUUUGGUGAGUUAGAAAAGGCCACAAAUGGUUUCCAAGAUCAAGUGGGAAAAGGAGCAUUUGGGACAGUUUUCAAAGGAGUGAUUUUAUCAAACAGCUGGAGGACUAGUAAAGUUGUGGCCAUUAAGAGACUAGAGAGAGUAAUCGCGGACGGAGAACAAGAGUUCAGGAACGAAAUGCGAGUAAUAGGCAAAACCCAUCACAGAAACUUGGUCAAACUCCAUGGUUACUGCCAUGAAGGACCAAACAGGCUACUGGUUUAUGAGUACAUGAAAAACGGUUCUUUAGCUGAUUUUCUCUUCAAGUCCAAGACAAGAAAGCCUAAUUGGGAGGAAAGAGUUGGAAUAGCAUUAGAUAUAGCUAAAGGCAUAGUCUACUUACAUGAAGAGUGUGAAACUCAGAUAAUCCACUGUGAUAUCAAACCAGAAAACAUACUAAUGGACGAUCAAAACUCGGCGAAAAUUGCAGAUUUCGGGCUGGCUAAACUACUAAUGCCUGAUCAAACCAGAACUUACACUGGUUUGCGAGGAACGAGAGGAUAUUUGGCACCGGAAUGGCAUCGAAACAUGGCGAUAACAGUGAAAGCUGAUGUUUAUAGUUUUGGAAUCAUGGUUUUGGAGAUUGUUUGUUGUAGAAGGAGUGUGCAAAUGGAUGUUCCUGAAGAGAAAGCUGUUCUUGCCAACUGGGUUUAUGACUGUUUCAUGUUUGGUCAACUGGAAAAACUGGUUGAAGAUGAUCAUGUGGAGAAGAGUGAAGUGGAGAAGAUGAUUAAGUUGGGACUUUGGUGCAUUCAAGAGGAACCAACUUUGAGACCUUCUAUGAAGAAAGUUUGUCUUAUGUUGGAAGGUAUCAUAGACGUUCCUGCUCCUCCUAAUCUAACCCCAUCCAAGUCAUCUUCUGGUUAGAUAAUUUUGGCAUAUAUGAUUAUGAGAAUUGUAAAUUGUAUGUUAGAACUUUGAAGAUUCUUUUAAAAAAAAUUGUCGACUUUAUUCUAUGUAAAAAUUGUGUUUUGGCGUUGAUUAACAGCAGAAUCAGUGAUUUCAAUCAACGGAACAGAGUUGUAGAUUUAUAUACUAAUUAUUUUCAAUUAAUUUAGAAUCAAACAGUUUUUUAUAGUUAUUUGGAGUGAAUGAGAACGUUUAAAU